UGUAAUUGCACGGAAGAAACUUCAGAUAGGCCUGUACUGGGAGGGGUAAAACAGGUGUAGUCUUACUGUAAGAGAGAGAGAAAGAGAGAGAGAGAGAAAGAAGAGGAAGAGAAAGAGAGAGUGUGCCAUUGUUGCAGGGAUGUUCAUGAUUAUUCGAGAAGGAUCAGCAGGAGGGGCAGGUAGUACCAGCGGCAUGAACGCUCCACCGGAGAGAACAGCCAAACAGGUCCAGGCCGCAAUCAAGAAGAAGGUGGAGAAACAGAGGAAGCAAGUAGAAACGGGUGUGGUGGAGGCAUUUAACAGUAAUACAAGACCUAAGAUGGGACAGAAAAAGAACCAGCCCAUCCAUCCACCCAGCAGAAGAGGAGAUGGUGAGGAGGAAGAAGAGGAGGAGCCUGCUGAGACUGGGGAACCAAAGGAGAAGGAAGAACUCGACCUCGGCCCUAUCGUUGAUUCUGUUUUUGGCCAAGACAGGGAGCUGAGGCCAGAGGAGAUAGAAGAACUAAGAGAAGCCUUUAAGGAGUUUGAUAGGAACAAAGGUUACAUCAACUGCCGGGACCUGGGCGAAUGCAUGCGGACGAUGGGAUACAUGCCGACAGAGAUGGAACUCAUUGAACUGAGUCAACAAAUAAGUGGGGGUAAAAUUGACUUUGAGGACUUUGUGGAGCUCAUGGGGCCCAAAAUGCUGGCAGAGACAGCAGACAUGAUCGGAGUCAAGGAGCUCAGAGAUGCCUUUAAAGAGUUUGACUCCAAUGGUGAUGGGCAAAUCAGCGUCACAGAACUGAGAGAAGCCAUGAAAAAGCUAAUGGGGGAGCAGCUGAAUCCCAGGGAUAUUGACGAUAUACUUCGUGAUGCCGACCUCAAUGGGGACGGACUUGUUGAUUUUGAAGAGUUUGUGAGGAUGAUGUCACGCUGACAGAAAGACUUUAUUUUCAUCACGAGACUCUAAGAGGGUCACAUGGUGCAGCUAUCUGAAUGUUUUCGAUAUGGCUCAAGAGAUACCAGUUGUAAAAAUUACUUUUAAUUUUAUUUAUGAUGUAAGCUUUAUUAAGAGCUGUUUCUCCUUUUAAUAAAGUAAUGCUGUAAAUGUACUAUUUAAUUGGUAUUUUCAAAGAUAUAUUUGUCCGGUUAUGAGUG